AUGGCCGCUGCUGUUUGCGGAGCCUUCUUUGUCCUCCUCUUCGUGGGGCUGGACGCUUUUAAAGAGUGUGAGUCUGCCGCACUUCUGCAGAAGCCAGUGACGGAACCACACUGCUCUACAUAUCGAGGCGCAAUCAGUGGCAAUGAGCUCGCUUACACGGCCUACGUCUCCCAUGCUUGGGGCAAUUUGCUGUCAGAGUUUUGGGAAGUGCGCGCAACUGCAGCUCUUUGGGGGAAAUCUUUCGAGACACGCAACAUCGACACGUGGCAGGGGACGUGGCUUCGUUACUUGCCGCAGCAGGCACCUCCUACUGAGGAAUACACGGAUUGGAAGGCACUCCACCAGAUCUGCGAGGCAACGUGCAAACGCGAGAAUCCAAUGUUUCCCCACAUGUGCACGGGCUCAUGGACUCAUAUCCGUGGCCUCAUCAUCAACGAAACUCAGUCGGCGCUGCUGGCCUAUAGCCAGCAAGAGGACACAGCUCUUCCUGGGCAUUCCCCUGGUGACGUGCUGGUGCAUCUCAGAUUCGAGCUGGAGCAUGAGCAGAUGUCGUGGCCGGGGCGAUCUUUCUUUGAAGCUCAG